AUGACUCGACAAGGCUACCUCAUUGUCUAUGACAAGAACAGUCAUCGUCCGAAUGUGUGCUACUUUUCGCUCGAGGACGGAUUUCUACGUCAGUACGCAAGUGACGAAUGCGUCCAGUGUCUGAACGAGGUGCAGCUCUCUGGGUGCAAAGUCACCAUCAAGGCGCAGAAGCGUGUGAACGACGUGCCCAACAGCUUUUACCUGGAGACCCGCAAGGUGUUUGUCAAUGACCGGUCCUACACACUGGGAAACCCCGAGCGUAUCGAGUUUAGUGCCUACAGUAGCAUGGACCGACAGGAUUGGGGCAAAGCACUUUUCUCAUGGCAGCGCUUCUUCUGGCGUGAACCACAGGUCGCCUCACCCGAAAAGAGCGCUCGUGAGACGCGCCAGCAACUAGAGCAAAUUAUCGCCAAGUACUUUGUGCAAAAGCCCUCGAAUGACCACUCAAUCUCGAUCGCGGCGGCCAAACAGCCCAUCUCAUUCCUACAACGCAACGCACACUCGCUGCAGCGCUCGCUGAUGUUGACCAUGGCGUCCUCUGGUGCUAACAACAUGGCCAAGCCCGAGAGUGACGUGAAGCCGACGGACUGCAGAAAGGACAAGGUGGCACUUUCGAAGGUGGAGUGUCCUGUCAAGAGCAACAACACCUGGCAGGCCACUGCCGUUAAGCUGUCUUAUUUGCCCACACGUUUCAGCCGCGGCAUCAGUCAGGAAGCACACUAG